GAGCUCGUACAGACUGGCGCCGUUGUCAGCGCUCACGGCUUGCGGGGUGAGGUGCGUGUCAUGCCGUUCACUGACUUCGUUGAGGAGAGAUUCUUCUCUCCAAACACGCAGUACUUGGAGGACGAGGCGCAGGGCCGUGGCGUGGGUGGGGAAUACAACAAAGCCCCGGGCUCGGUUUCCAAGAUUAGGAUCGUCAGCGGGCGUGAAGUAACCAGCCAGGGACGCGUCGAGUGCCUAAUCAAGAUUAAGGGAGUGAAUGACAGGAAUGCUGCAGCUGCCCUCAUUGGCAGGCGUCUCUUUGUCUCGUCGACGGACCGCCCUCAGCUGCGGGAAGAGCAGAAUGGUGACGGUGACGAUGAGUUCUACGCAUCCGAGUUGGAGGGUUGUGAGGUUAUCAUGAAGGAAGACGGGAAGCACGUGGGCGUCGUGAUUGAUAUCUAUCGGGGUGCAGGGGAGCAUGAUCUACUCAAGAUAUCUGUCCCGCCGCUGCCGAGCAGCGACGGAGAGGCGAGCGAAGAGAAACCUGCCACGAACAAAGGACCGAGUGAGCAUGUGUUCGUCCCGUUUGUGAAGGAAAUUGUGCCCGUCGUCGAUCUGGCACGCGGCGUGCUGGAGAUCACGCCGCCUGCUGGCCUUUUAGACCUUCGGCAAAAGUCCAAGCCUAAAAAGCGCCCAAAGGCUCGCGGGCCACCGCCGCCCAAAAAACAGCAAUGA